AUGCUCAACGGUAAUACAACGGUAAGCGAACAAGUUUUACAACAAAUUCCAAGUCCUACAGUUGAUAAUGAAGAGCUUUCUCGACAGGACGCUGUACCAACUCUAGAUGAGGUUGUAAAAGCAAUUGGGCAAAUUAAAAAUAAAAAAGCUCCAGGAAAAGACGAUUUACCAGCGGAACUCCUAAAAGCGGGCGGUCACUAUGUCGCUGAAUGGUUACAUGAAAUUAUUCGCGAUGUAUGGGAACAGGAGGAUACAUCUGCUCAAGUUCGAAUCGACGAUGACGUUAGUGAAAGCUUUGUAAUGAAUACUAGUGUGAGACAAGGUUGUAUUCUCUCUCCAAUCUUAUUCUAUGUAUAUGUUGAUUAUAUUAUGAAACAAAUAAUUAAACAAGCUAACGUUCAGGGUGUCAAGUUAUCAUGGCGUCUUGGUGAUUUCUGGCUCUCUGGUAAAGGAAAUGGUAGUCAUCAUGUACAUCUAUUGACUUUAAUGUAUGCAGAUGAUAUUGUUAUCAUGUGUGACAAUCCAAAAAAUCUAGAACAUUUUAUAAAAGCGUUCGAAAGAGUCACUAAUGACUUUGGUCUAAAUAUGAACAUUAAAAAAACAUGUACUAUGUCACUAAAGCAAUUCAAUAAAACAAUAGGAAAGCAUGAAACGAAAGGCAAAGCGAAGGAUGUUCCAUCAAAUAUUGUUAUUCGAGAUCAAAAUAUAGAAACUGUGGACAAUUUUAAUUAUCUUGGAUGUAAUAUAGCUAAUGAUCAAACGCAAUCUAAAGAAAUAGAAGUACGCUUAGGAAAAGCUUCUAACGCGUUUAACUCACUUCGUCGUGUUGUAUGGUACAGGAAAUGCAUAUCUAUUCAAGCAAAAGUUAGAAUAUUUAAAGCAUGUAUUCUGCCAGUUCUGCUGUACGGUAGCGAGUUAUGGUGUCUAAAAGUUGUCGAAGAACAACGACUGAAUACAUUUUACAUGAAAUGUCUUCGAACACUGUUAGCUCGUGAAAUUCUCUAUCGAAUGGUAUAUAAUAGUUGGGGUUUUAUUUGA